GUCAAUAAGGAAUUAAGGAGUAAGGACGCAAUAUUGUGAUAUUGGAGACAGCACAGGAAACGUCAUCCAGCGUUAACAGUCGGCCUCCACUCUACACAGCUGUAAUCUAUCUAUAAUCUAUCUAUAUACUUUUAUAAUUACGGAAGCUGUGCUCUGAUCCGUAUUAUUCAUUCAAUCAGUUCUUCAACUUUAAUUUAUAUUUUCCGUUUCUAUCUUUGUGAGCUUGAGCUACCGAGUUGGAAAAAUACAAUCUUAAAUCACACGUUCAUACUUGAUGUGCUUACACACACAUUGAGAUCAAUUAGCUCAGAUAGAAGAAGCUCUAGCUAGCAACAAUGGAUUUCAGAAACGAUUGCUGUCUUUCCAUUUUCACUGUGAUUUUUUGUCUAUCUCUAUUCGCAGGCUGUUCUUCUUCCAGUUUUAUCUCAGGUGUGCAUAGAUUUACAGAACACUAGGUUUUAUUAAAGUUUUUCCAAUAUUUUUUGGGAAUUUGUUUGUGGGAUUGUAGACCUUGUCUUGUUCGGGGAUUUCGGAGAGAUGAGGAUGGAAUAAUUAAUUUUAUUUUGACCGAUUUGUAGAAUAACAGUACUGUAGUUACAUAGUGUACUGCCAUAAUUUUCAUUUCCCUUUUAUUUCCAACUAUUUAAGCAUGUAAAUACGUAGUAAAUUAUAAUUAAAUAUCACUCGUCCCCUCUCUUUUGAGAUCCCCAAACUAAAUAGGCCCUUAGACAUAGUGAACUUUGAUCUGCUGUAGUUUAAUUUGCCAUCUAUUUUUACUUUCUUUGCUCUGAUACAGUUUACCUUUUCUUGUGAUUGACGACUUCUCAAGAUUUCAAUUACUUCUUCAUAAUUGGAUAUGUUUUAUGGUGUAGAUGGUGUGUUUGUCUCUCAAUCUUCCACGGGGAGGCACCUGCUUCAGAAUAAAAAAGCAUGCCCAGUUGAUUUUGAGUUUCAGAAUUACUCUGUGAUCACCCGCCAAUGCAAAGGACCAGCAUACCCGCCCAAGCUCUGUUGUGGUGCAUUUGUACAAUUUGCAUGUCCUUAUGCCGACCAGUUAAAUGACUUGACAAAUGAGUGUGCAUCUGCCAUGUUCAGCUAUAUCAACAUCAAUGGCAAGUACCCACCUGGUCUCUUUGCCAAUGAGUGUAAAGGAGAUAAGCUUGGCCUCCAAUGCCCCGCACAACCUCCAUCAGAUUCACAUGAUCACAGUGGCACUCUUCUCAAUAGUAAACCAUCUUGCAUUGUAGUGCUUCUUGCGGCAUUUCCAAUUCUAUUGGCAUGGUUUAUCUGAAGCUUUAUCUUUUAGUGAAAUCUUUUAAGGCAACGUGUGUGUAUUCAAUUCAAUUCUUUCUGUUACAUUACUACUACAUUAACGUGCAUCGUAUACAUGUGAAAUGAGGAGAGAUUGUCACUCCAGAAGGAAGAUUAAAUGCAAAUUCUCUUUUCCUUUCUACUUUUUUAUAUGUUCUUAUAACAUUUUUUCUACAAUGUCAAGCACAAUGUGUAGUGAAAUUGUGGAGAAAUGUUACCUAAGAAGGUAGAAAAUCAUGGAAAGCAAGAGAAAUUUUAUUGACUCAUUUGUUGCGCUAGAGUUGUUCUAAGACAUGGAGUAAAAAUCCUUGAUUUAUUUCGAGCUCAUUGAUUAUUAGCCUAUUAGGCUACAUUUGGUUUCACUAUAGUGCAACUGAAUGUAAUAGACCACGUAAUUAAAUACAAAAUGUAAUGUUUGAUUAUGUUUGCUAUGUUUGAUUAUUUAGGUAACCCUCCAU